AUGAACGGAGAUUUCCAAAAUACAUCCCGUGAGUCUGGUCGCUGGGUGGCCCAGACAGGCGAGAACACCUCGGCAGCGGUUGCCUCGGUGGUCCCGUUCUCGGAGAGCGUCAAUCCUUGGGAUGUGGUCCUGUGCACCUCGGGCACUGUCAUCUCCUGCGAGAACGCCGUGGUGGUGGUGACCAUCCUGCACAGCCCGAGCCUGCGUGCCCCAAUGUUCGUGCUGAUCGGUAGCCUGGCCGUGGCUGACCUGCUAGCGGGCGUCGGCCUCAUCGCCAACUUCGCCUUCGCCUAUCUGCUGCAGUCGGAAGCGGCCAAGCUGCUCACCGUGGGGCUGGUGGUCGCCUCGUUCUCCGCCUCCAUCUGCAGCCUCAUGGCCAUCACCAUCGACCGCUACCUCUCACUUUACUACGCCUUGACUUACAACUCGGAGCGCACGGUCACUUUCACCUACAUCAUGCUGGUCGUGCUCUGGGGGGUGUCCAGCUGCUUGGGAUUUUUGCCCGUCCUGGGCUGGAACUGCCUGAAAGAUGAGUCCACGUGUAGCGUCAUCAAGCCCCUGACGAAAAACAACGUGGCCGUGCUCUCGGUCUCCUUCCUGCUCAUGUUCGCAAUGAUGCUCCAGCUCUACAUCCAGAUCUGUAAGAUUGUCAUGAGACACGCCCAUCAGAUCGCCUUGCAGCACCAUUUCCUGGCCACGUCCCACUAUGUCACCACCAAGAAAGGGGUCUCCACCUUAGCCAUCAUACUGGGCACCUUUGCUGCCUGCUGGAUGCCUUUCACUGUUUACUGCUUAAUAGCGGACUACACCUACCCCUCUAUCUACACCUAUGCCACCCUCCUACCAGCCACUUACAACUCCAUCAUUAACCCUGUCAUCUACGCCUUCCGAAACCAGGAGAUCCAGAAGGCGCUCUGGCUUAUCUGCUGUGGAUGUAUCCCUCCCAACAUCUUACUGCGAGCACGGUCCCCUAGCGACGUAUAA